ACGGGUACCAGUCUUGGAGGAGGAACUUUUUUUGGUCUCUGCUGUCUUCUUACCGGCUGUACCACUUUUGAAGAAGCUCUUGAAAUGGCAUCUCGUGGAGAUAGCACCAAAGUGGAUAAACUAGUUCGAGACAUUUAUGGAGGGGACUAUGAGAGGUUUGGACUGCCGGGCUGGGCUGUGGCAUCAAGCUUUGGAAACAUGAUGAGCAAGGAGAAGCGAGAGGCAGUCAGUAAAGAGGACCUCGCCAGAGCGACGUUGAUCACCAUCACCAACAACAUUGGCUCAAUAGCAAGAAUGUGUGCCCUUAAUGAAAACAUUAACCAGGUGGUAUUUGUUGGAAAUUUCUUGAGAAUUAAUACGAUCGCCAUGCGACUUUUGGCAUAUGCUUUGGAUUAUUGGUCCAAGGGGCAGUUGAAAGCACUUUUUUCGGAACACGAGGGUUAUUUUGGAGCCGUUGGAGCACUUCUUGAGCUGUUGAAGAUCCCCUGAUCAUUACCUGGGGAGGGGUUCCUGGAACAUUCCACAAUGGGAUCUGUGAACUUUUGUUUUUUAAGAGACUUACUCAAUUUUAUGAUUGUGUACUACCCGAAUCAAAGCAAGAAAGGACAAAUGUAUUUUUCUAAGUCAUCAAGAUAAAUCCUUAAAAAUCCAGUCUAAACUAGUAACCAGUAAGGAAAGAUACAUACAUAAAAAUGUGGACCAUGUCCAUGGCAGUGAGGGUCUGCUGUGUUGAAGUUGCUCUUCAGUAUAGCUUUGUUACACCUGCCAUGUAUUUUUGAAAUUCAAUGUCACUGGAGCCACUUCAGGGGAGAGCUGUUCCGUGUUCAGCUGUGGUUUUGUGUCUUGUUGCACUUAGUAGAUGUAAGGCAGGCACUGUAUGUUGUAAUCUAAUCACAGUGUUGUCAGUAUGGCCUCGGAGAUCAUCAUCUGUGCAUUAACUCUGGUGUGCAUUUAGCUUUUUGUGUGAACAUAAUUUCAACAUGUUUUAUUUCCAGGAUCUGCAAAUUUGAUUGGGCAGAGUAAUUCUGUAUUUGUAACUCUGGCUGGCAAUUAAGCAAUUUCUGGAAGGGCAGUUAAGGUUACUCUACACUGCAGAUCCUGAGAAGGUCUGUUUGGAAAGAUGGGGCUUAGUCUACCCUGGGCAGAAUUUCCUGGGGGGCAGGGGUGGGUGGGAGAUAAUUUUGUCUGAAGCGAGUUAAGCUAGUAGGAAAAACACCACGACACGGAAGACUAAAAACCAGACAAAGUGGGCCUCUCGAAUUGACAUCUUUUCAGGGAAUCGGAGAAUCUGGUGGUUUCGGACUGUAGAAAGUGAGGAAUUGAAGUCCAUUGAUUAACUCAUAGGAAGCAGGGUGUGGUACUUACGCCUUCCCCUCCCACUCGGGGUCUUUACCUGCCAGAAAUUGCCAGGCAGGCUGGCUGCUGGGACUGCAUGAGGGCUGCACGUUCAGGCUUAAAAGGUAGCGUGAUUAGAGUGAGGUUUUAAGAUGGAGUCUUGGUAGAUUGAUUUAAGAACGUUUUCUUUCUGCUGUGCAGAAUCAUUUAAAAAACGCUUCCCUUUGGAGAUGGAGUAACAUUU